AUAGUACAAAUACCUUCAGUGAGACCAAAAGUAUUUGAAUGGGCUCUGUGUAUGUUUGGUUUGUGAGCCACUAGCGCCCUCUGGAGGAAGACAACUUUCAUUAGGAAAUGGUUAUGAAGAAGCAGAAUUGUUGUCGCAAACCAGCUCUAAAGUUUCCUGACACCGUUUAGUUUGUUUCUAGCGGGAAAUGAUUUCAGUGACACCUGCUUUAAUUUAACGCGGUAGGACUGAUUGACUCUCGUUUAUGUGGACUUACUAUGAGGAUGAAAUGUUCCCAUCUUCAGGUAAUUCAGGGAAAUGCUACAGUCAGCCAUUAUUUGGAUCGUUUGCAUCCUCUGAGUCCUUGGAGACCAAAAGCUCUGACAGUUAUGGUGCCUAUGAAUCUUUUGGACUUGGGUCCUUGAACACUGAAGAUGCAGAUAGCGUUUUUGAUAAUUCUAAUGGAGGGUACAGUGACACCUGUUCAUCCACCUGGGGUGCAGACGUCUUGUCAAACUGGGACAGGCCCUUCGUCAUGUCUUCCCAAAGGUCCAGGUCUCCGUUUUUGGACAGCGGCAGAGAGAGUCAAUACUCAACAUCCAACCUCUCCGAUUCCUCCAGCCUGUACUCUCCUUCACACUCUCGGUCGGCGCCGAUUGGCUCACGGGGCAGAGACAUGCAUCCAUACGUGCACAGAAACUACCGCGGAAGAGGUGCUGUUGUACCUGAGGCCAAAGGACAAGAUUGCUCUAGUCAGAACCCGUCUAUUUGCAUAGAGAGUUACUACUCAAAAUCAGCUGCUUUGGUGUUUCGAGGGACCAAGAGGAAGAUGAUGGAACCAGUACCUCCUUGCAAGAUGGUUAAAAAAAAGAGGAUAGUAAGAGCAACUCCCAGCAUAAUCCGCAUUGUGGGACCACACAUUUCAAAGGACAGUUGUAUUUCUUCCGAAACCAAGGAAAUAAAUAAAGAGCAUGAGCUUGGUAAGAAAGUUCGAGCCAGAGAGAAGCGCAGAAGACGACGAGAGAAGAAUCAUGAAAAAUAUGGAGAGAAGCACAGGUGGGCUUUUACAUGUGCUUUUUGUAAAUUCCACACGUUUGAAGAUAAAGACAUUGAGAAACACUUUGGAAGCACGUAUCACAGAGAGACUCUUGACUAUAUACGACGGCAAGCCAAAUUUGAUGACAAGGUCAUCAGUUUUUUGCAUGAUUGCAUGGUUCACAAGUUUCAUAAAACUGUCUCUACCCUACACAAACUUAAGUUUUCCUGUGGACGAAGCAAAGAUGAUUGGGCAAAGAUAAUGGAAGGGGUGACAGAAGAUGACUACAUGAGAAGGAUGGAGGUGGUUUACUGUGUUGCAUGUGACAUUCACAUUCCUGCGGUUUUCAGCUCUGUACAGCAACAUCUUCAUUCACUCACUCACCUCAAGAGCAAAGUGGCUUAUAAGGAGCAGUUAAAAAGAGACAGCGUGGUCACAGCUAAAGCAAUAAUAAAUAAUGAUAAUGUGAAGGUGCGCUAUGAGAAGUACAUGAAGGGAGAGGACCCAUUUGCAAUCGAUGCCAAUAACACAAGUUCUGAUUCUCAGGAUCCUGAGAAAUCUGAUGAGGCAGAGGAAGACGAAGAAAAUAGUGACUCAUAAUAAUGGACAAAGGAGUACUGAAUGGAGAAAAAGAAACAGGAGGAAAAGACUCUUUCUACUGUACUUUUUUGUUCUGUAACUUCAAAUGGUCAUUCACAUGACCUUGCAACACAAAAGACCUAAGAAUAAUUUUGAGUUCGUAAUUGUUUCACAUUGAUCCACACAAGU